AUGGUGUGUUGUUCUACUGGCUUGAAAGCUGUUAAUAUAAACUAUAAAGUCAUACUAUGGCAUUUCAAGGAAUCUUCUGAUAAAGUUCAAGGAAGAUACAAUUGAUGAAACUCCAACUCUGGCUCAGUUGCUUAGUUCAGAAUCUGCUAUAAGUUCAAUGCUUGAUAUGUCAAUUCGAAUAUUGCCGGGAGAUCAUGGCCUUCCUCUACGACAGGCUCUCCCAGACAUUCCACCAGCAAUGGCAGAUGCAGUAAAUCGUGGAAAUGAGCUUUUGACAAAUCUGACUGCAGGAACACCAUGGGAGUCUGUUGCCAAAGAAGUCAGCAACACGAUGGGCAUAGACUCGAGGGUUCUUGGUGCAGACACAUCCAAGGAUAUAGACCUCCUUGUUGAUAUUGUCACAUCUUGGAUGGCUUCAAAUUCAGGUCCAAAACUCUUGAGGCCAUGACAAGAAGAAAGGAUAGAACACAGCUGAAAUAACACAGGAAAAUAUCAGAGCAUAAUAAAAAUCACCAUCGAAGCAAGCUCAUGUUAAAAUGCUUGUUUAGACUGUAGAUUCAUGUAGUGGGAGGAAUGUUCAAUUCUAGGAUAAAACAAACAUCAAAGGUACAUUGCUUGCAGUUGGUUUAUAUGCAUCUCUUACUAGGUUGUAUAGAGACAAAGGUCUGUGAAACCUGAAAUGGAUGUCAAAAUUACUUUUUGUAGAUACGGAUGGAUGGCAUUUCCAUUUGAUAAGAGGGGAGAUUUUUUUUUUCCUCCCCCAAUUCAAAGUUAC